UGGGGGCCAGUGGCAGGAACAAGGCUUUUCCGACCCCAUGGAGCUCUAUGAGACAUCCCCCUACUUCUACCAGGAACCCCACUUCUAUGACGGGGAGAACUACCUUCCCGUCCACCUCCAGGCCUUCGAGCCGCCAGGCUACGAGCGGACUGAGCUCAGCCUGAGCCCCGAGGCCCGAGGGCCCCUCGAGGACAAGGGGCUAGGGACCCCCGAGCACUGCCUGGGCCAGUGCCUGCCGUGGGCGUGCAAGGUGUGUAAGAGGAAGUCAGUGUCAGUGGACCGGCGGCGUGCGGCCACACUAAGGGAGAAGCGCAGGCUCAAGAAGGUGAAUGAGGCCUUCGAGGCCCUGAAGAGGAGCACCCUGCUCAACCCCAACCAGCGGCUGCCCAAGGUGGAGAUCCUGCGCAGCGCCAUCCAGUACAUCGAGCGCCUGCAGGCCCUGCUCAGCUCCCUCAACCAGGAAGAGCGGGACCUCCGCUACCGAGGCGGGGGCGGGCCCCAGCCAGGGGUGCCCAGUGAAUGCAGCUCCCACAGCGCCUCCUGCAGUCCAGAGUGGGGCAGCACACUGGAGUUUGGCCCCAACACAGGGGAUCACCUGCUCACGGCUGACCCUACGGAUGCUCACAACCUGCACUCUCUCACCUCCAUUGUGGACAGCAUCACAGUGGAAGAUGUCUCUGUGGCCUUUCCCGAUGAAACCAUACCUAACUGA